UUUGAUAAAUUCAAAUUGUUUAAUCAUCAACGGCUAUCCCGUAUCAUCCCGCAUCGUUCGAUUCGUUUCUCUUCGUUGUUUUUGUGUUCAAUUUUGUUCAAAUGGCUGAAUUUAGUACGCCCACGAGUGCAAAGUUGAUAAGCAGAAUACAUAAUGCCGAGUUCCGUACUCCUGUAAAAACAUCAGCAUCUCCGAUAGAAAUACCGGCCUCUCCUUUUCUAGAAAAAAUAGGCUAUGGCACCGGAAAUGCUGUAUACAAAUUGGAAAGAUCACCCAAAAUAGGCUCUGUGCGCUCACCAUGGGCAAUAAAGAAAUUAGUAAAGAAGGAUAUUUCACACAUAAACAAUGAGCAAAAAAACAGCCUUCAAUUGGAAGCAACUAUUUUGCGGCAUUUGAAUCAUCCUAACAUAGUUGGUUUUAGAGCAUUUACUACGGGAGCAGAUGGAAAGCCUUGCUUAGCUAUGGAAGCGAUAGAAAUGUCUCUUGGUGACAUGAUUGAGAAAAGGCAAGAGACUUUGGAAAAUGAGCCAUUUCCAGCCAAGGACAUUGUACAAGUCGGUUUUGAACUUGCAAAGGGACUGAAGUAUUUACAUCACACUGUGCGUCUAUUGCAUGGAGAUAUAAAGAGUUGGAAUGUCUUGGUGUCUCAUGAUUUCAAAGUGGUCAAAUUGUGCGACUUUGGGACUUCUUUGCCAUUGACAGAAUCUCUAGAACUUGACAGUUCAAAGACUAAUUUUUGGUACUGUGGGACAAGAUGUUGGAACCCUCCUGAAAUUAUAAAUGACGAUGGACCAGUGACAAGUGCAGCUGACAUUUGGACAUACGGUCUUGUUCUAUGGGAAAUGAUAUCUCUGACUACGCCGCAUGUGGAUGAGUUUGAUGAAAGUGAAUUUUCCGAUGAAUCAAUUACAGAUCACAGCAACCUUGACGAUUCUACAAUUAAUAUGAAUGAAAGUGGUGCCUUUCUCAAAGAUAUAAUGCCAUGCGAGAACAAAAAAUAUGGUACACGACCACCUCUGCCUGAUAUUGAUUUAGGCAAAGAAUACGAAAGAGUACUUGAAGUAUUUUUCAUAUGUACCACUGCUGACUAUAAAUUAAGACCCAGUGCGAAGGUUCUAGUGAACUACUUUGAAAAAUUCAUAAAUAACAAAGAGAAAUCUUGAACACGCCCGCCGUCGACGUUGUCCGUUGUUUUAGUGGCAAAGUAUUCUAUAUUAUUAAUUUGUUCCCCCUAUGAUAACAUUUUAUCUUUCGUAUUUUCUGUUUUUAGUGACAUUGUAUA